GCGCCGGAACUGUUGAGAGCAGAUCCAGAUUCGCGGGGUCGGUCCGUCAGGGAGCGCUUCCGACACCAGCACUAUCAGUUUGCUAUGAGGCUGUGGCCGCAGGCAUGGGGUGCCGUCGGGGCCGCUUGGCGCGAGUGCUUCCCUCUGCAAGGUCACGACGUGGCACGUUGGUUCCCCGGCCACAUGGCCAAGGGACUGAAGAAGAUGCAGAGCAGUCUGAAGCUAGUGGAUUGUGUUAUCGAGGUUCACGAUGCCCGGAUCCCACUUUCAGGUCGAAACCCUCUGUUCCAAGAGCUGCUUGGUCUGAAGCCUCAUUUGCUUAUCCUUAACAAAAUGGAUUUGGCAGAUCUUACAGAGCAGCAGAAAAUUGUUCAGCACUUAGAAGGAAAAGGCCUGAAUAAUGUCAUUUUCACAAACUGUGUAAAGGAUGAAAACAUCAAGCAGAUCAUCCCAAAACUUACAGAACUGAUCAAGUGCAGUUACCGCUACCAUCGGGCAGAGAACCUGGAGUACUGCGUCAUGGUGAUCGGUGUCCCCAACGUAGGCAAAUCCUCUCUCAUCAACUCCCUGAGACGGCAGCACCUCAGGACAGGAAAAGCUACCAGAGUGGGCGGUGAGCCAGGAAUCACCAGAGCUGUGACAUCCAGAAUCCAGGUGUGCGAACGUCCACUGAUGUUCUUGCUGGAUACUCCUGGGGUGCUGGCUCCUCGGAUUGAAAGUGUGGAGACAGGCCUGAAGCUGGCCCUGUGUGGAACUGUGUUGGACCACCUUGUUGGGGAAGAGACCAUGGCUGAUUACCUCCUUUACACCCUCAACAAGCAUGGGCUAUUUGGGUACGUGCAGCACUAUGGCCUGGCCAGUGCCUGUGACCACAUAGAGUGGGUGCUGAAGAACGUGGCUGUGAAGCUGGGGAAGACCCGGAAAGUAAAAGUGCUCACAGGCACAGGUAAUGUCAAUGUUAUCCAGCCUGAUUAUGCCAUGGCAGCCAGAGACUUCCUCCGGACCUUCCGCAGCGGGCUGUUGGGCCAAGUGAUGCUGGACCGUGAUCUUAUGUCUACUUGCUGAUAGUGCUGACCCUUGAACUGGCUGGCUGGAGUAUGGUCUUCUGCAUACUCCAUUGAACUGCAGCUGGAGGGUCUAAAGCUUGGAACUGUUGCCCUACCCAGAGGCUAUAUGUGUUGGUACCUGAGACUCAGGCCCCAGCUCCAAAGGGCACUCUGUUCUCUUGUCCAUUAGUCUGGUCAGUCCUCAUUACUACCAUGGGGGUCCCAGGGAUCCUGUGUAAAUGGCUUGGUCAGGAGGUUUUCUCUCAGUCUCAAGUAGAGGUUAAUGCUAUCUCAGAGGAGUCAAAGCUAUAGUCUGUAAUUUUAAAAAAUUGGAUUAAAAAGACAAUUAAAUAAAA